GCCUGGCGGGGCGAGAAGGGCCCGCGAAAGGGCCCCCGGGUCGCUAUGGCGUACUCGACGUGCUGCAGGGUGGCCAUGGUGUCGUGCCUGGUGCUCUGCGUCUCCCUCCUCCUGCCGCGGACCUUCCUGUCUCGGGGCGGCGGGAGGCAAGAGCCCGGGGCUGCGCCGCUCGCAGCGCCCGCGCCGCCCGAGGGGAAGCUUGGUCGCUUUCCACCAAGGAUGCAUUACCAGCCCACUCCUGACAGCCGAGCUGCCCCUCAUUUUCCGAGGUCUCACCUUGCUGAAGCAGUUGCCAAAGCCAAGGCAGGUGGAGGUGGUGGUGGAAGUGCUGGUGGAACUGGAAGAGGUCUCGUGGGGCAGAUUAUUCCUAUAUAUGGAUUUGGCAUCUUCUUAUAUAUCCUCUACAUUUUAUUUAAGCUAGCUUCCAAGGGGAAAAAUACUGCUGCAGAGCGGAAAUGCCCGACUGCUACACCUGGGAACAUGAAGAGGAAAAUCACUGACUAUGAGCUCACUCAACUCCAAGAAAAACUGAGAGAGACAGAAGAAGCUAUGGAAAAAUUAAUCAACAGAGUGGGACCUAACUGUGACAGCAGGACUCAAAAUGUCACAACGGACCAGGAAAAAAGGUUACUUCAGCAGCUCCGAGAAAUCACUAGAGUUAUGAAAGAAGGAAAAUUCAUAGAUGGCAUCUCUCCAGAGAAGGAAGCUGAAGAAGCUCCUUACAUGGAGGACUGGGAAGGUUAUCCAGAAGAGACCUACCCUGUCUAUGAUGAUUCCGAUUGCUUCAAGCGCAAACAGGACACAAUCCUUGUCGAUUACCCUGACCUGAGCCAGCCCUCUGCAGAAGAACUGGCAGAAAGGAUGGGGGACGUGGAAGAUGAGGAGCAUCUGUGCGAUGAGGCCCUGUUACCUGAUCUCACCAUGGGAAGGGGUGGUCAUGAUUUAAUGCAGAAAAAGGACGAAGCAGCUGGCAUCAGUGUAGAGGAGAGUGACCUUCAUCACAGCCAAAGCACUGAGGAAUGCUGCUGUUGUUACGACAAUGAUGAUCCUGCUGUCAUAGCAGAGAAUGCUGGAUUCCACUCUGAGAGCUGCAGUGAAGCAGAGGAGUUAACCCAAGAAGACCUGUCUGUGGAGUCUGAAAAUGAAAAUGCAGCACUGAAAAAGCAAAAAGCCAGUGAAUCAGAUGAGACAGGCAUACUGAGGAAGCGCAACACGAAGGGACUUGAGUAAUAGGGACAAUACUGGAUGGUUUUUAGAUGCUGAAGGUAGAGGUCAUGAACUGUGUGGUUUUUGUUCUCGGUGAAGACUUCUCUGUGUUCAUCUCCCUACACCAACUUCAUUCUUAUGGUAACAAUCAGACAUAUCAUCUGCCCAGCCUGGAAGCUAAUGCCUUCUUUCACAGUCUUAUCAUGGCUUACUCCUGCCUUGCCAACAGUGCUUUGCUUUUUGGAGACUGAUAUCUUGGAGCAGAUUAUUCAGUUCAGAUAUUUGAGAUUCUUUCUGAUGCUGAAGAAAGAGCAAUUGGUUUUGCCCUUUGUCAUCUCAGAAUUUACUGAACGUCUCUUUUGACCUCCUGGGAAACAUCUGCUUGUGUGCCACCAGUUACCACAUCCAUAUCUGUUUAUGAGAUUACCAAGAAGCUGGAGGAGAAAGCAUGUCUUCUCUCUUUUGCUGAUGUCAGCUGAUCAGCAGAACAGACCACAGUCACAUUCAUGGCUGUUUCUGAACUGUGUCAUUGCUGCUGUAAGCCCAACAAACUUGUCACUACAAUCCUCAAAAUUUUUAUGCUACCCCAAGCCAGAGUCAUUUCCCAGCCAAUUCUGUGCUGCAGGACCAGUAGCCUCAUAGAUGUUGUGUGCCAGGAAGAGCAUGGGACAGACUGAAGCGAUAAGAGCUGUUCUUUGUCAUAGCCAUGGUGAAAUGUCUUGUGAAACUGUAACCUGAGUGCAGGACUUGGACCAUUGUUUGUGUUAGAGAAGAGCACUAAGAAAAUCUCAAGGGAUUAAAAAAAUAAGAAAUCAGUGAGGAGGUUCCAGGUGUGCCCAGCCCAGCCACCACACCUGGCAGAAGCUGGGAUGCUCAGCCUCUCUUUGGGCUGUCCUAGCUCUUGCUAUCAACAAGCUGUGUUGAUUGCCAGGGGUGGUGUGAGCCCUUCUUACCCAUCCCCUCCCCUUAUUUAAAAAGAAACGACCAAGAAACCAAAACAAUAGUAAAAUGCUUUCAUCUUCUUGUUUGGUACUUUAGCGACUGCAUCUAGACUUCUCUGUCUUCCCCUGGUGACAGAGACAUCAGAGACACUGAUGCAUGGUCCAGCCCAGGGCCUUUGAGGUGGUGAGGGGCUGGGGCACACAGCACACAAGGUCAGGCUGAGGGAACUGUAGAGGGAUAAGACAGUGGCACAAGUUGCCCAAAGAGAUUGUGGCUGCCUCAUCCCUGGCAGUGUUCAAGGCCAGAUUGGACAGGGCUUGGAGCAGCCUGCUGUAGUGGAAGGUGUCCCUGCCCACAGCAGGGGGUUUGGAACUUAGUGAUCCCUUCCAGCCCAAACUAAUCUAUGAAUCACUGACUAGCCCUGGGACUUGGGAAAUAAUAGAAGUGUAUUGAACAGCUGAUUUGAAUCAUGCAGAUGAUCUAUUCAACAACAUGUAUGUGUGACCACUAUGGAGCAGCUGUAUUCUUGGGUCAUCAGGUUGGAUCUUGAGUGUGUUUGAAAAAAAAAAGAGCAUCUUAUCCUAGACACUUAGACCAGGUUUGUUGUUCAACUGGUGUCUGUUUACAGUGCUUGUGUUAUUUACAAAGAAUUCCUACGUCAAAAAUUAAUUCAUAGUAAAGGAAGA